UCUGCGGAAGCGCUGGCUGGCGGCGCGGGCUUUGCGGGAGGGGCAGGGAUCUGGACUGGUUUUUUUGUUUCCGUUUUCCUUCUUUUCUCGGUCUCGCCCGGAAAAGCCGGAAGGUGCUGGGGCCCGAGCAACGGACAGACCCGCCUACUCUGCCCCAGCACGUUUGUGCCCGCGCGGGAACUUGUUCUUUCCCGGACUCUACCCACUAACGCGGUUUCGGGAUCCACUCACUGAUGCUCUCGGUUGGCUGACGUCACAGCCUAGUCUCCUGAUGGAGCCUGAAUCCAGUAGGUGUGAAGAGGAGCCCCCUUCCCUCUUCUGGGGUUUGGAUCCUGUGUUUCUAGCCUUUGCAAAACUCUACAUCCGGGAUAUCCUGGACUUGAAGGAGUCCCGCCAGGUGCGAGGUAUAUUUUUUUACAAAGGACAUCCAAUAAGACAGGUGGAUAUCUUGGGAACAGUGGUUGGAGUGAGAGAAAGAGACGCCUUCUACGCUUAUGGAGUGGACGACAGUACCGGAGUCAUCAACUGCAUCUGCUGGAAAAAACUGAACAGUCCCGAGUUUUUACCAGCUGAACCUGCCCCAAGUACUCGGAGCCUCACCUCUGAGCUUGCAAAGCUGCGAAAAACCAUUGAGGAGAGAUCGAAGCUGGAAAUCGGGGACGUCAUCCGGGUCAGGGGCUACAUCCAAACCUACAGAGAAGAGCGCGAGAUCCGUGCCCUGGUUUAUUAUAAAGUAGAUGACCCCAUGUUCAGGACGCAGAUUGCCAGGAUGCAGGAGCUGCCCCCGCUCUACCGGCAGGUCUAUGACCAGCCCUUCCACUGCGCAGCGCUGGAGAAAGAGAAGACACAGAGCGACCCAAGCUCCCUGGACCUUCUCAGUCUCACGGGUUUACUGAGUGACAAAAUCAAAGAAUUCCUCCUGGAGAAGCACGUGAUAACCUUCUACCAGCAGGAGCUGGAGCUGGAGCCCUCGCUGCUGUCCCUGGCCAACCAGCCCGCCAUCCACAGCGCCUGCUCUGAGCAAGGGGAUCAUACGACCAACACCACUUCCAAGGCCAUUCACGGUAUAUUUAAGAACGCCAUCCACCUGCUGCAGGAGAAAGGAUUCGUUUUCCAGAAAGAUGGUGAUUUUGAUAACCUGUAUUAUGUAACCAGAGGGGACAAAGAACUCCACAGAGAGAUUCAGAGGAUUAUUCAAGAAGACUGCCAGAAGCCAAAUCACAUGGAGAAGGGCUGCCACUUCCGGCACAUCCUGGCCUGCGCCCGCCUGCGCAUCCACCCGGGCCUGGCGGAGGCGGUGCUGCUGCGGGUGCUGGAGUUCCUGGAGAGCCAGAGCGACAUCGUCAGCGCCUCCGACCACCACUACGUGGCCUUCUGAGCGGAGGCCCGGGGACAGGCCCCCGCUCCCGGCGGGCUGCGGAGUCGGGCCACGCCUCGAGCAGAGUUGGGCAGAAACUCUCGCAGGCCGCUCUGUGUCUCCUGCAUCCCGAGGAUCAAGUGACGUUCGUCUCAGCCACGGCGUACACGAGAACCUUCCCAGCUGAGCUCAUGAGUGAACCAGGCAUCGUGCGUGCGUGUGUGUGUGUGAUUGUGUGAUUGCAUGGAGACCCCUUUGGACUGAGAGACUAGCAACAUUAUCCAGACCACAGAGAUUUGCAGCUUUUCAAAGAAGACCGUCAGAUCCAUUCUUGUGACCCCCUCUAGCGAUGGGGGGACCUGGUGGGGGCCAGACCCCCCCCCCAGGGUGAAUUGGUCUGACCUGGGAGUACUGUCGGCUGAGCUGAGCUUAGCCAUGCAGGCUGGAGCCAGUGCCCGUGUCCCCUAAGCAGUGCCCCCUGAGCCCGCAACGUUCCCAGAGGCGGCCGGCCAAUCGCCUGCUGGGCUGGGGCUGUGAUUUUUGAGGUGACCGGGGAGCAUGCAGACCGUCCUGGCACCACGGGAACCGAGCCUCGCUCUGUGCCCAGACAGGUGAGGAGGUGGGGCUCCUGCUCAGAACAGCCAGGUAAGGGGAAAAAUUAAAAAUCUGAGGCACGUAGCAGGCGUGUUCUGGCGGCAAAAUGACAGAUCCUGCCAGCAAAACUGCAGCGUGCAGCGAGUCGGAGCUGAUUACAGUCAUUCCGCAAAAGGCGAACCUGCCCCCGUCUGCUGCGUUUGCGCCUGACUCAAUCAGCCCUCGGGGACUGCGGAGCUGUGCAGAAACAGGGUGGGUUUUACAUCCAGCAUUGGCUGCAGCGCCAGACGUCGGCUGAGAACUCAUACCCACAGCUGCUUCCUGUCGGGGCUUUCUCCGACUCCACCCAGACCGUGGGCCGGUUCUCCGCAGUGACUCCCUGGACGGCUGCGCCCGUAGGGCCCCUGUGGAGGAGGGCGUCCCGGGGUUCCAGGAGGACCGACGGUGCCUCGUGCUAGGGAGCAUCCCAGAAUGUCUGGUCCACCCCCACACGAGAGUAAGGAUGGAUGCAAGAUUUUUAGGAUGCCCAUGGCUGUGAGAUUUAGAAUUCUCUCGUUAGAUAAAAAGGUGCCUCUGGGGAAAAUUGAGGUACGGUUUGCAGGCACGUGGCGAACUACCAUCCCCCCCACCCCCGGCCCCGCAAAAAUGAUGGAGUUGCCAGCUCCUGGCCUCCUGAAACACGACUUCCAGUGGGGGUGGCCGGGAGGAAAUCAAGUGACAGGUCCGAUUCUGGGGUGUAAGGCCACUGAUGGGAGGGUGUGUGGCAGCCCCUCUGUGCCCGCGUAGCCCAAGGAUUCACGUGUGCACGGCUGACACCAGCCCCCAAGACUGCUCCCUGCCCUGGCUUUUGGGUGGCCACAUGCUGACCACCUCACUCUGCUCCGUCUCCCCAGUGCUCGGGCAUCAGUCCUGGGCCCCUUUUCCCUCUGGUUUGCUCUCGGGUUCAGCCAGGCUCGUGGCUUGAACCGUCUACAGGCUGACAAGGGAGGCCCCAUGGCUGUACACUUUGGGCCUCUUAUUUGGGGGGAGGGUGGUUGGUUUCGGGGCCACUCCCGGUGGGGUGGUGCUCAGGGAUCACUCAUGGCUCUGUGCUCCGGGAUCACUUCUGAUGGGCUCAGUGGACACGCAGGGAUGCCAGGGAUUGAAUGUGGUCGGCCCCAUGUGAGAACACCCAAUCCACUGCUAGCAUUGCAGCCCCCCCCCCCCCCGUGGGCCCCUUCAGAGUCCCCACCCCAGCUGUGUGUUGCCCCUGGCAUUUGUGGGGGGUGUCUGACCCCACCAGCAACUGCAGUCUCCCCGGAUGCAGAUAGAGCAGUUCCAUUUAUCCUGUCACUGCCCUCCACCCACUGUGCCCACCAGUCCUCUUCAUCCACCUUCAAAGCAUCCCUGGGCUCUUACUUCACACACACACAGGAUUGCCGUUAACUCGCUCCCUCUCCACACAGCACUGCAGACCACAUGAGCCCAUCUAAAGGGGUCAGAUGUGCACCCAACCCUCCCCCACUUCUGGUCUCAGUCCAGGCCCCCCAAAACACCUGUGUUGGCAGAGACGCACACCUCACCUCUACUCGGGGUACCUGGGACCCAGCUGUUCUCCGCACACACCAGGAAGUCAUCCUCCGCCCGGAAUGAGUGUCCCCUCCAAGUCCCUCACCUGGUGGCAGCCGGUCUGUCUCCU